CCCGUGUCCGUUUUUUUUUUUUUUUUCUUUGGUCUCGUGGCGUUAGAGACCAACUCUACUACGAGUUUGUAACUCAACGUUGACGAACGAAACGAUAACAUAUUUACAUGUUUCAAAAUGCAUAAGUUUAUCUGAAAACUUGACUGAAUAGAACUUCUUUUGAAACAUUUGAUAUAUGAAAUUUUGGUAAGAGAAAAUCAUGCUGAUCAAGGAAUAUCGUAUACCACUCCCACUUAGUGUGGAAGAGUACAGAAUCGCUCAGCUUUAUAUGAUAGCUAAAAAAAGCAGAGAAGAAAGCAAAGGAGCCGACAGUGGAGUUGAAAUAUUAGUCAAUGAACCUUAUGAAGGUGGUCCUGGUGGUGAUGGAAAUACUAGUGGUGGACAGUAUACAAGAAAAAUUUAUCAUGUUGGGAGCCAUUUACCAAGUUGGUUUAAAGGACUGUUACCAAAAUCUGCAUUAUCUGUUGAAGAAGAAGCGUGGAAUGCAUAUCCAUAUACAAAAACUCGUUAUACUUGUCCAUUUGUUGAAAAAUUUUCCUUGGAAAUUGAAACCUAUUAUUAUCCCGAUAAUGGAUCUCAUGAUAAUGUGUUUAAAAUGUCUCAAAGUGAAGUCCGUAAUGUUUCUGUUGAUUUAAUUGAUAUAGUAAAGGACCAACUAUAUGGAGCUGACUAUGUUAAAGAAGAAGAUCCAAAAUGUUAUGUGAGUGAUAAAACAGGCCGAGGACCAUUGCAAGAUAACUGGAUAUCAGAGUACUGGAAAGAAUGUCAAAAUAAAAGUAUGCCUACUUCAUCAGGAAAAUCUAUUAUGUGUGCAUAUAAAUUAUGUAAAGUAGAAUUUCGUUAUUGGGGUAUGCAAACAAAAAUUGAAAAAUUCAUUCAUGAAGUUGCUCUAAGGAAAACUAUGGUUAGAGCACAUCGUCAAGCCUGGGCAUGGCAAGAUGAAUGGGUAAAUUUAACUAUGGAUGAUAUACGCCAGAUCGAGCUUCAAACACAAGAAGCUCUCAAACGAAAAAUGGGUAGUAUUAGCAGUGAUUCUGAGACGUGUGAAGGAAAUGUCAUAGUUGAAGACUCAAAAAAUACCACUAGUUUAGCUGCUACAAUGGGUAGUAUAGAAAAAAGCGAUCUUGAAGUAGCCACGCCGGUUACAUCAAAACGUAUGCAAGAUUCAACUCUAUAUUCUCCACCAUCGUGUGUAUCUAGCAGUUCUGAUACCAUAUCAAGCAGUAUUCAACCAUCAUCGAGCAUGCGAAUACCAGUUAAAAAGAAUUGGAAUAAUACUAAGUCACAAGUACCUUCACCUGGUUCUACUCAAAGUUUUGAUACUGCACCUAAUUGGAGAAUGGAAAGUUUGAUUCGAGAUUCUGAUUCUGAUUUGAGCAAUGAUGAUGAAUUUUUUGACUGUCAAGAAUCUUUGCCGACUUCUGAAAUUGUUUCUAUGUCUAAAUGGAGUUCUUUAACAAUAUUAAAUGAACAAGAGUUUGACUCGUCCAGUAUUCCAGACAAAGAAGAAGAUAGUAUAUUUUCUCCUACAUAUAAAAAGUCAUCACCUUUCAUUCAACGUGGUCAUAGUGUUGACACUUGUCCAGGUUCACCUAUAAUUAGUAAAGAAACCAAUUGUCAAAUAAGUACACUUCUGAUGAUAAUACAUUCUGGAAGCGUAUUAGAUGCAAAUUCAGAUAUCAUGGCCAAAAAAUCGGAUUUCACUACAUUUAGAGGAGCUUUUGAAUCAGUUAUGCGACAACACUACCCAAAUAUGAUUGGUCAUGUUGCAAUGAGACUUAUUCCUUGUUCAUCCAUUUGUGCUGAAGGGCUUAGCGUUCUAUCAAAAUUAAGCCCUUAUAGUUUUGAUGUAUCUCCAUCUGGCAUAGAAUGCACAAAUAUUACACACGACUCUAUCCCAAUAGGUGCUAUUCCCAUAUUAGCAGGCUGUUCUCAUGACUAUAAAGAUAUAGUAUCUAACGUUAUUCGUACGGCUAAUCAAGUAUAUAGAGAUUUUAUUAAAUCUGAUGAAGGGUUUGGAUUUAAUGGCAGAGUGUAUUUUAUAGGAGAUUCAAUGGGAUCAGUUAUAGGAUAUGAUGCUUUAUGUAGAAGUCCUGAUUCUCAUUCUCCUCAUGAUGCAAGUAGACAUAGUACUCCAGAGCAUGUACAAAAAAAAAGCGAUAAUGAUGAUUGUACUUCAGUUGCUAGCAUGGACUCUUCUUUUAAAGUUUUAGUUACUCCUCCAGUUAGAAGAAGAUCAUCAUCUACUAGUGAUGGUAAUGUUUGUUUGGACUUUGAAGUAAGCGAGAUGUUUAUGUUUGCAUCUCCGUUAUCACUUGUAUUAGCAUUUAGAAAAAUAUCAGCACAUAAAUAUGAUAAAUCAACUUCAAUCCAACGACCAGCAUUGCAACAAGUAUAUAAUCUAUUCCAUCCAUCUGAUCCUAUUGCAUCUAGAUUGGAACCUCUAAUUUCUGCAAAAUUUUCAAUUCUACCACCUGUUAAUAUUCCACGAUAUCAAAAAUAUCCCCUCGGAACUGGUCAACCGUACUAUUUAUUGGAAGCAGUACAAACAAAUCCUCAGUUGUUUACGGAACAUAACCAUCAUGCUAGGCGUACAUCUGAGGCAAGUAUUUUGAGCACUGUUUCUGGAAUAGGUGAUACACUGCCAAUUCAAGCAAUAAAUAAAUUGACGAAAAAAUGGUGGGGUACUAAAAGAUUGGAUUAUGCUUUGUACUGUCCUGAAGGACUAUCAAAUUUUCCUACAAAUGCUUUGCCUCAUAUAUUUCAUGCUAGCUAUUGGGAAUCCUCUGAUGUCAUUGCAUUUAUUUUAAGACAGUUUGCUAUAUUUGACUACAACAGUUCAGUUGGAAAUGAGGAAAAAGAACUUGCUAGUUUCAGCCCUAGUCAACCUCGUGAAAAAUGGCAACGUAAAACAACAUUCAUUAAAAUAAAAAAUUCUACUGCAAGUCAUCGAGCUAAUGAUGUGAUUAUUCGUGAAGGUUUACCACAAAUAAUAAGUGCUCGUUUUAUUUAUGGUCCUUUCGAUAUGUUCUCAUUAGCUGGUGAAAAAGUUGAUAUUCAUAUAGUUAGAGAACCUGGUAAUGGUGAAUGGACGCAUUUGGCUACAGAAGAUUCAGAUAAAAAUGGACGUGUCACAUAUACAAUACCUGAUAAUAAGUCUCUUGGAUUUGGAAUAUACCCUGUUAAAAUGGUUGUUAGGGGAGAUCAUACAAGUGUUGACUUUUUGUUAGCUAUUGUUCCACCUCAAACUGAAACUGUUGUAUUUAGUAUUGAUGGAUCAUUUUCUGCCAGUGUCUCUGUUACUGGUCGCGACCCAAAAGUUCGACCAGGUGCUGUUGACAUAGUGAGACACUGGCAAGAUUUAGGAUAUUUAAUUGUUUAUAUUACUGGAAGACCCGAUAUGCAACAGCAACGAGUUUUGUCAUGGUUAAGUCAACAUAACUUUCCUCAUGGACUUGUUUCAUUUGCUGAUGGUCUCUCUACAGAUUUUCUAGCUCAUAAAAUUACAUAUCUUAAAAGCCUUGUACAAGAUCAUAAAAUGAUUAUACAUGCAGCUUAUGGAAGCAGUAAAGAUAUAUCUGUAUAUAGUGCUUUGGAUCUGAAACCGAAACAGAUAUUUAUCAUAGGAAAGGUGGGACGUAAACAUCACUCAAUGGCAACUGUGUUGAGUGAAGGUUAUGCCGCACAUUUAUCCGCCUUACAGUGUCAUGGGGGAUCUAGGCCAGCUCAAGGAAAUGCUCGUAUGCUGUUGACUUCACGUGGACGAUUUGGACACAAUGCUUCAAUGAGGCGUAGAAGAUCUGCAAAGAGGACGACUUCAUUUCCAAUUUGUUCACUGACCAGAUCUUCGAGUCGUAACAGAUAUGAUAAUCUUUGAUGUUGUUCUUGGUCGUGUUUUCAACGCCAUUCCUCUGAUGGUACCUGAUGACAGCGGCAUGAAUGAUUUCUGUGUACGUGUACCAGAAAAUUUGUUAAUUAUAUGACGACUUUUUUGUUGUCAUUAUUGUUAUUGUUGUUGUUGUCCUUAAAACAUAUUAACCACUAUUAUAGUAUUGUUGUCAUUUUCUAGUAGGUUUUUUUAUGUAUGUUAACUUAUUGUAUUGUUACUUAUCUAGCACAUUCCUAUUUUUCAGUGAUUCUAUUAUUUUUCAUUCUUAUUGUAUUUAACUGUCCAUAAUAUUAUCGAUAUUAAUCAUUUCCAUUUUAUUGUUAUUGUUUUAAUUGUAUCAUCAUAAUUGUACAGAUUUAAUUUUGUUAAACGUGUGUAAAGAUCUUGUAUCUUACCAAUCAUCAAAAAGGCUGUGCCGAGCAUAUUGACAAUGUACAUUGACGAUGUUCAGUACAAAAUCUAGGCUGCUAAAAUUAUUGCCUUUUUAUACAUUUUAUUAUUUUGUUAAUUUUAUUAAUUUUUCUGUCGUCUUGUUAAAUUUUAAAAUU